GGAGGGAGGCCUGGCCGGGCAGCGCAGCGGCGGCGGCUCGGCACGGCUCGGCACGGCGCGCCGGGCCCGCACCGGCCCAGGGGCAGAAGGAUCCAAACAGGUGGUGGGACGCAAGGGCUGGCCGCUGUCCUGGGUGAGGGUUCCUGGAUCCCCUCCUUGGUGAGCCGGAGAGUGGCAGUAGUGGCAGGACCUGCUUUGGUGCUGAAGAGCUGACAGUCCCAGACGCCCACCCUUGCUCCCCACCAUGCCAUCCAGUGGGAGCCUCGACACCAGCAGCUCUACUCCGAACCGCGAAGCACUCGACACGCACAAGGGGGAAGAGGAGCCUGAGGAGAACCAAAGCAAGGAGGAGAAGCAGGAGCCAGGGACGCCCAUGAGGAAAGCCGGGCGGCCUGGGCGGAAGCGCAAGCAUGCCCAGGUGGAAAGCAGUGACACCCCCAAAGACAUCGCAGCCGUCCCCAAGUGCCCCCCACCCUGCCCAGAGGCCAGCCCUGCUGAGCCGCUGCCCAACGGUGACGUGGAAGGGGAUGGUGCCCAGUGGAAGGGCGCCGAGGAAGGCGGCACGAGCCCCAAGGGCGGUCGCCCCGAGGAGGACGAGACGGAGAGCCUGGCAGACGGCGAGACGGGCCGGACGCUGGAGAACGGCCGCUGCACCCCCAAGGAGGGCCUGGACGCCCCGGCCGAUGAGGGUGAGCUGGCCCCUUCCGACCCCCAGAAGAAACGUGGGAGGAGGAAACUCCUGGAAGCCGCAGAGAAAAGCAAGGAAGAGAAGGAAGAAAACAACUUCGACACCCUGAAAAUGGAGGGCUCCCGCGGGCGGCUGCGUGGGGGGCUGGGCUGGGAGUCGAGCCUGCGGCAGCGGCCCAUGCAGCGGCACACCUUCCAGGCUGGAGACCCCUACUACAUCAGCAAGAGGAAACGGGACGAGUGGCUGGCACGCUGGAAGAGGGAGGCGGAGAAGAAGGCAAAGGUGAUUGCCGUGAUGAACGUGGAGGAGACGCAGCGGAACGAGCCGCAGAAGGAGGAGGAGGCCAGCCCCCCUGCCUCACAGCAGCCCACUGACCCGGCCUCGCCCAAUGUGGCCACCACACCUGAGCCAGUGGUGGCCGACGCUGUUGACAAGAACACCUCCAAGUCAGCCGAUGAUGAGCCUGAAUAUGAGGAUGGCCGGGGCUUUGGCAUCGGCGAGCUGGUGUGGGGCAAGCUGCGUGGCUUCUCCUGGUGGCCCGGGCGCAUUGUUUCCUGGUGGAUGACGGGCCGGAGCCGGGCAGCUGAGGGCACCCGUUGGGUGAUGUGGUUUGGGGACGGCAAGUUCUCGGUGGUUUGCGUGGAGAAGCUGCUGCCACUCAGCUCCUUUGCCAGCGCCUUCCAUCAGGCCACCUACAACAAGCAGCCCAUGUACCGCAAAGCCAUCUACGAGGUGCUGCAGGUGGCCAGUAGCAGAGCAGGGAAGAUUUUCCCAGCGUGCCCUGAGAACGAUGAGACAGACACCUCCAAGGUGGUGGAGAUCCAAAACAAGCAGAUGAUCGAAUGGGCCCUGGGUGGUUUCCAGCCCUCUGGACCCAAGGGCCUGGAGCCCCCUGAAGAGGAGCGAAACCCCUACAAAGAAGUUUACACGGAGAUGUGGGUGGAGCCAGAAGCAGCUGCCUAUGCACCACCCCCACCCGCCAAAAAACCCAGGAAAAGCACAACGGAGAAGCCCAAGGUCAAGGAGAUCAUCGAUGAGCGCACCCGAGAGCGACUUGUUUAUGAGGUCCGGCAGAAAUGCAGAAACAUCGAAGACAUCUGCAUCUCUUGUGGGAGCCUCAACGUGACCCUGGAGCACCCUCUGUUUAUUGGAGGAAUGUGCCAAAACUGCAAGAACUGCUUCUUGGAGUGCGCGUACCAGUACGACGACGACGGCUACCAGUCCUACUGCACCAUCUGCUGUGGGGGACGCGAGGUGCUCAUGUGCGGCAACAACAACUGCUGCAGGUGCUUUUGCGUGGAGUGUGUGGACCUACUGGUGGGCCCGGGGGCAGCCCAAGCAGCCAUCAAGGAGGACCCCUGGAACUGCUACAUGUGUGGCCAUAAGGGGGUGUAUGGCCUGCUGCGGCGGCGGGAGGACUGGCCCUCGCGCCUCCAAAUGUUCUUCGCCAACAACCACGACCAGGAGUUUGACCCGCCGAAGGUGUACCCACCGGUGCCAGCUGAGAAGAGGAAGCCCAUCCGAGUGCUCUCACUCUUCGAUGGCAUCGCCACAGGCUUACUGGUGCUGAAGGACCUGGGCAUCCAGGUGGACCGCUACAUCGCCUCUGAGGUGUGUGAGGACUCCAUCACUGUGGGCAUGGUGAGGCACCAGGGCAAGAUCAUGUACGUCGGGGAUGUCCGAAAUGUCACCCAGAAACACAUACAAGAGUGGGGCCCCUUUGAUCUGGUGAUCGGAGGCAGCCCUUGCAACGACCUCUCCAUCGUCAACCCAGCCAGGAAGGGCCUCUACGAGGGCACCGGGCGCCUCUUCUUCGAGUUCUACCGCCUGCUCCACGAAGCGCGGCCCAAGGAGGGCGACGACCGGCCCUUCUUCUGGCUCUUCGAGAACGUGGUGGCCAUGGGCGUGAGCGACAAGAGGGACAUCUCCCGCUUCCUGGAGUCCAACCCUGUCAUGAUUGAUGCCAAAGAAGUGUCUGCAGCACACAGGGCACGGUACUUCUGGGGGAACCUUCCCGGGAUGAACAGGCCACUUGCAUCCACAGUCAAUGAUAAGCUGGAGCUGCAGGAGUGCCUGGAGCAUGGCAGGAUAGCAAAGUUCAGCAAAGUGAGAACCAUCACCACUCGCUCCAACUCCAUCAAGCAGGGCAAGGACCAGCAUUUCCCCGUAUUCAUGAACGAGAAGGAGGACAUCCUGUGGUGCACAGAGAUGGAGAGGGUCUUUGGUUUCCCGGUGCAUUACACGGACGUGUCCAACAUGAGCCGCCUGGCCCGGCAGAGACUGCUCGGCAGAUCCUGGAGCGUGCCGGUGAUCCGCCACCUCUUCGCUCCCCUGAAGGAAUACUUUGCCUGCGUUUAAGAGAGAGACAGGCAGGAGAACUGGUGACGCGCAGAGCAAGUCGGAAACAAAACCAUCCACGCCAAGAGAAGUGACAACACGGAACGAGAGAAGAGUCAGCACCCAGAAGAGAGACGGGAUUUCGCAGCCCGGUGGAAACCCAGCACACGACGUCUCCCCAAGCAAAAGGGUUCGGUGUCCUCUCCUGAAUUUCCAAUAUUCAGCUUUUAGCCUAUUGAGGGAAAACGUUAAAAAAAAAAAAAUUCAAACAGGAAAAAAAAAAAACAAAAACAAAAAACAAAGCAAAACAAAACCAACCUAAAUGGCAAAAAAAAAAAACAACCGAAAUGAGAAAGAAAAAGAAAGCUCAAAACAAAACCAAAACCAGUUAGGGGGUGGGAGGGGAGUGGGGAGGGUGUUGUCAACCUUUUAAUUUUCCACUCUUUUAUGUUUUAGUUUGGUUUUUUUUGUUGGUUUUUUUUUUUUUUUUUUUCCCUUUUCUUUUCUUUCUUUUUUUUUUUCCUGGCUGGGUUUUUUCUGUUGGUUUGGUUUCUUGCUUCUCAGAGCAGUGGGCUGAGACGAAAUGCUUUCUCCUUGCCCAAGCUCUGCUCUCAGAGGAGGGGAACCGGCAGCUGGAAAAGCCCAGCCCUGGGAGAGGCAGCGGGAGGAGGCGAAGGGAGAAACACCUACACCCCCCCCACCCCCUACCCCGCCCCGGCUCCAUUCCGCGCCGAGCUUGCGGCCCCGGUGAGCUUGCGGGGAGCCGCGAAGUGGCAGGGAAGGGCGCUCGGCCGGCUCCACAGCAACGCCCAGCGACUGAGCCUCACUCUUUUUCGAUUCCACCAGCACCGUUCACUGGUGAUAUGGAGCCAACCCAACUGGCAGGGAAGCCGAGAACACACACACCACACCACACACCUUUUCUACAGUAUUUUUGGGUGCCUACCACACAGGAAACCUUGAAGAAAGCAAAUUCUAGAAGCCGCUGUUACCUCUUGUUUACAGUUUAUAUAUAUAUGAUAGAUAUGAGAUAUAGAUAUAUAUAUAUAUAAAAGGUACUGUUACUACUGUACAACCUGACUUCAUAAUGGUGCUUUUAAACAGCGGGGUGAGUCGAGACAUCAGCUUCCAUGUUGCCUUAUGUGCCGGGCCUUUUCCGAGCGAGCGGCGCAGGCUGGGGCCAGGGCAGCGGCCAGGCGGGAAGCGUCUCCAUCCCGAGUCAUGCAAUAACCUUUUUCUGUCCUAAAAGGAAUCGCCUCCCGUGGCAGUGGUGGCAGCAAUGGUGGCCCUGCCCUGCCUGCGCUGCCCACCCUGCCUGCCCCGCGCACAAACGUACUGGUGCUUUUCUGUGUACGUGGUGUCCCCGGCCAGGCUGGUGCUGGUUGUUCCCUUGCCCCAACCCGCUGGUAGUGGCAGCAGCAGGGAUGCUCCUGCCUGCAUCCUUGCCUGUCGAUGCCUGCUGGGAUGGGGCACAGGUGCUGUGAGCUGGGCUCUUGCCGAACCGGUGCUGCACUGUCAGGGAUGCGGGAGGCAGGAUGGAGUGGUGCUGGAGCGUAGCUGGGACGCUUUUAGCACAGGACAGGGAUGGCUGCAGGUGCCUGGACCCUGGUGCUACAUCCGUGGAGGCAGGCUGGUUGGCAGGAGAGUGUGCCUGUGAUCCAGGAUGGGACCUUGGUGCUGCCCACGGUGUUGGGCAUAGCUCUUCUGACUGAGCAUGAAUUUCAAGCAACCUGUGCCCUAUUCCCCUUUUGUGGGGUGUUUGGUGCCCACAAGGCGCUCGGCGUGGGGAUGCUGUGGUGCUGGUGUCAAGGACAGGCAGCUCCGGUCGCAGGGGGCCGGGAGCCGUGGCAGUGCUGGUGGUGCCAAGGGGAGCCAUAGCGCAGACAAAGUGCGGUCAGGACACAAGCAGGUGCUGGCAUUGCUGUGGAUGGUGCUAUUUGUCUUGGCAGCUGUGGGUGCCGCAGGAGGUCGGUGGGUCUGGCUAAGUGCAAGGGGAGUUGCCCUGCAACCUUGGUGCGCGCUGAGGUGGCUGGAUCCUGUGCCUGGUGCUGGAGCUCAAGGGGCUUUUGUAGGGGCAAGGAUUGGUGCUACGGCACUGGGGGAGGCUCGCAGAGGGUCUCCAGCCUGUUGCCGUCUCUUCUCUAACUGUGAAAGGUGCUGGGGGGACUGCCGGCCGCUCGGUGCGGGGUGCUGGCUAAUUUGGCAGCGAGCUGCACCGGCGGUCCCUGAGGUGCUGAGAGGUGCUGGGACCGAUGGCAACAGGGGCAGGCAGGGGGGACCCCAGGGAACCCCCCCACCUCCCCACUGUGCCUGGUGCUACAUGGGAGGCAGUUUGGAGGCCCCUCCCGUUGGUGUGGAUGGCGCAAGGAGCUGAGGGGCAGAUGCGGUGGGGGGCACCGCAGGGCCCUGCUUUGCCAGGUGGUAAAGGAGGCGAGGUGGGACGUGGCUUUCCCACCCCCACUGUUCCCAAGUGCUGAGCCAUGGCCACGGGCUCCGGCUCAGUGCCUGGGUCACAUCCUGUGCUGCCCUGCAGCACUUGGGUGAGUGGGGCACAGGAGUGCUGCACCACAGGCAGAUCCUGCCUGCCGCAGCAGUGCCAGGUGCAAGUGCUGCAUGGCCCUGCAGCGCUGGAUGCAAAUGCUACGUGGCCCUGCAGUUCUGGGUGCAGGUCCUGCAUGGCUUUGCAGCAUCACAUGAGAUUCUUUCAUGGUCCUGCAGUGCUGGGUGCAGGUCCUGCAUAGCCCACAGCACUGGGUGUGAGUGCUGCACGGCCCUGCAGCAUUGCAUGCAAGUCUUGCACAGCCCUGCAGCACUGACCACAGCUCCUGCAUGGCUCUGCAGCACCUGCUAUGUGUCCUGCACAGCUCUGCGGCAUUGCAUCCUACAUGGCUCUGCAGCGUCACAUGCAUGUACUGCAUGGCCCUGCAGCACUGCACACAGGUCCUGCAUGGUCCUGCAGCAUCACAUGCCAGUCUCAUGUGGCCCUGCAGUGCCAGGUGCACAUCCUGCACAGUUGUGCAGCACCACGACUGAGCCUAGCAUGAUUCUGCAGCACCAGUUGCAGAUCCUGCAUGGCUCUGCAGUGCCAGUGGAGAGUCUGGCACAACUCUGCAGCAGGGUUUGGAGGUCCUGUUGGACUCCACCAUGCUACACCAGCCUUGCACAGCCCUGCAGUGCUUCCCUGGGACCUUCUUGGUCCCAUGGUGCCACUCAUGGGCCAGGUCGCAGCCGGCUCUGCAGCGAUGGGUGCCAGCCUGGUGCAGUGUUGGCACAUCCCAGGCAGCUCCAGCACCUGCUCUGAGUGCCUACAGUUGGGCUGCUGGAGCCAGAGCCAGUGCCAGAGGCAGUGAUGGAGCCACUAUGUUCUAGGCUGCUCUGGCACCUGCUCUGAGCACCCACGACUGGGACACUCAGGCUGGUGCCCGAGCUGGAAUCAGUGCCGCCGUCGGGAAGCACGUUCCCAUCUUGGCACAACUGGAAAGGCGCUGAGGUACCCACCGAGCUCAGCUCGGUGUGUGCCGGGGGCGGGGCGCGUUGGCUGCUCCAGGGCAGCUCCGGCGGUGCUGGGGCCCACGGGGCCAGCAGCCAGGGGAAAGAUGUUCAGUUUUUAACGUACCCGACUCACAUCUUUUUUUAAAACAAAACAGCAAAACGUUGUUGCACAGCCCCAGACGAACCAGUGAAAAGAGACAAGAGUAAACAAAACAAAAAAAAAAAGGCAAACAACAACAACAACAAAAGCCUAAAUUCCUUAAGAUCCGCCGAGGGAGUGGGUGACAAACACGGUGCUAAAACCUUUUAUUAAGAAUAUAUAUUGUUAAAUUAAGUCUGCUGUCUGGACAAUGACUGUUUGUUUUGUUUUCUUGUAGUGGAGUUUCAAAGAGCACUAUUAUUUUACUCUUCUAUAUUAUUAUUAAAAACAAAAGGAAAAAAAAAAAACCAAGAAGAAAAAAAAAACCACAAAACAAAACGACACAAAAAAAAAACCACACACAAAAAAAAACAAAAGAAAAAAAAUAAACAAAAAAAAAAAGAGGCAUUUUAACUUUGUACUUGAAACCUAAACGAGCGCGUUCACGUGUUUUAGCCUAGGCAUUGAAGUAGCUGACGCUUAACUAUCCGUGGGGAAAAAAGAAACCAUGUACUCAUCACCCCGAGGAAUCAACGCGUAGAGUUCGGUCCCCCCCACCCCCCUUCCCUUCUCUUCUUCCUUCCUC